GAAGUAUUGGCACACAACAAAUUGUGCUGUGGCUAUAAUACAGGAAUGGCGACUGCCACCACUCAGGCACAGAAGCUCAUCACUUGUGAUCUAAACUGUGAUCGGCCCGUCCAGCAAUUCUGUAACAGCUGCCAAGUCGGUCUGUGUGGAGACUGCAUCAACAAACACGUCAACAGCUUCAAGUCGGUGAAGCAUGACAUUGUUCCUUUCACAAAGCGCACGGUACAGAUGGUGUUCCCUCAGUGUACAUCUCAUUCCCACCAGAGAUGUGAGGGACACUGUCAACAGUGUGAUGUCCCAGUCUGCAUCAAAUGUCUUUUGGGUCCACAUAAAGGUCAUGAUGCCGUGGACAUUACAGACAUCAUUGUCAAAAAGAAAGAAAAAAUCAAAACAGAAAUAGAAGAAAUGGAAGACAUUGUUUCCAAGAACAAGACACAUGAUGCUGAAACUGAAAAGAAAAUCUCCCAAACCAUGACCCACUUCUCUGAUUUAGAGAAACAAGCCAAAGAUCACAGAAAACAAUGGCACCUAGAGGUAGACAUCAUCUUUGACAAACUUGAAUCUUGGAUUAAGUUACUCUGCGAUCAAGAAAUUACAAGGCUGCAAUCAUGCCUGUCCAAACUUAGAAAUCAGAAUUUCAGUUUGAUCCAAACUGUCCAAGAAAACAAGGCGAUCCUGAAUUCCAAAAUGGUAUCCGAUGUUAAUAGUUACAACUCCAAACUAGAUGAACUCAGAAGUAUCCCACAAGUACCUAAUACUAUACUACCUUCACUCAGAAAAUAAACAUGCUUUAAGGGAGAGAACUCAGUCUAAAAAUGGAAGAAUACAGGGCCAAACUGACGCAGACAACAUUUUCAAGUCUAACGGAUCAAAUGUCAUCUUUUUAUAUUCAAGAAUUAUUAGAGGAAGCCACAAAAAUUGCAAAAUUGUUCAAACAUAGAUCCUUUCUAUUGUCAUUGCGUAAAUAUACGUGACGGCCAUAAACAGAAAUCGUGACCCCCUGGACUUGGUCCCAGGGGAAGAUAUGAUCAUAACAUAUUUGGAAUGGUUCGGAAGGGGAUUGAUUGAUUGGUUGAUUGUAUAUUGUUUAACGUCCCUCUCGAUAAUAUUUCACUCAUAUGGAGAAAUCACUAUUGCCAGUGGAGGACUGCAACAUUUAGGGCUAUGCUCGGCGCUUAUGGCCAUUGAGCAGGAAAGGAUCUGUAUCGGUUUUUUCGGUCUCAUCCGAAGGACCGCCCCAUUUAGCCGCCUCUUACGACAAGCGAGGGAUACUGAGGACUUAUUCUAAUCCGGAUCCCCACGGGAAUCGGAAUGGGGUUGCAUUCUAUCGAUUGUUAACAUUACAAAGAUCUAAAGAUCUACUUUUAUUUCUAUUCUACUACUGCUUAGAUAACUAGGUCACUGCGACGUCGUGAGCACUCGUGGCAGUUUCCGAAACGGCCUACAUUGUUUUUGACGACGGAAAAGGUGAGAUGGUAUGGUAUUCUAAAUCUAUUUCGAAAAAUAUUGCAAGUAUUUAUUUUGAUGUUAAAACGGAUUAUAUCAACUGCUUUGAAUACACAGGUCAAGAAAAACUUGUCUGUGCAUCACCAUGUUUACAUGUGUAUAGCUCUCGGAGUGCAGACGAUUGUUUUAUACUGAAUGACAAAUGUUCUUCAGUCAUUUAUGAAUUUGUUUCAACAUAUAUUGAUUGAUUUUAUGAUUAUAAAAUUGAAUUUUCAGUCAUCGACUUUAUUGUUGCGUUAGCAAAAUACAAAGUACAAGCGAGAUGAGUAUCAAUUUUCUCAUAACCAGUUAUUACAUAUGAAGGUAUAUAGCCAAAUAAUGACCGCGGUUUCCCUUUGAUCUUUGCAAUAACCGAAGUGGAAUUAUAGAUUGGAACCUUACAGGGUAGCACGUGA